AUGGCUUUUCGAUUCGGCUUCGGCUUCGGCAGUUAUCUGCUGAUCUUCCUUAUCGUAUUGGUUGUGAUGCCUGGUAAAACUGUUGCUUUCGGUGCUGGUAAUAUUCCUUCUAUCGCUCAAGUUGAAGGUCACAAUUGGCGUCAUGGCGAUAUUGAAGAUAUGCUCAAAACCAUCGCAUUCCUUCAUGGAAAGAAGUGGACUACUUUAAUGGUUCAACGUACUUAUUUCGGAAAUUGGCUUCGAGAUUAUUCCCAAGCUUUAGAUGUUGGUAGUCUCAAGGGUGUUAAUGCCGCCACCAUUCGUAUCCUCGUUUGGAUUCUUUCCUUUCUUGCCAAUGGAUAUGCUACCGAAGAAUUCGAAGUUACCGAAGAACGUCUUGGUGUUUAUAGACCAGAGGAACACAUAGAUAAUCCUUUGGGUUAUGCCGACGGUUUAGAUGCUAGAACGUUCGAUAAACGACUUCGAGGUCCUGUCCAACCUAUCGAAACCGAAAUUGAUAUGCGUACCGGUAUGAAGAAUUACAUAGCUAACGAACAUGGAAACUGGGCUACUAGUGCCGGUUACCUUCGAUUUAGUAUCGGUAGGAGCGUACAUUUUGGUAGAUUAUAUUGUCAUGGUUCCCACGGAAAAGGAAAGGAAGAAGAUCUUUGCGAAGCUUUACGAUGUUUAGGUCAAGCUUUACACUGCAUGGAGGAUUUUAGCGCUCAUAGCAACUAUUGCGAACUUGCUUUACGAGAGCUUGGGUAUCAUCAAGUUUUUCCUCAUUGCGGAUCCGGUUCGGAAAUUACCUUACAUGGUAAACGAGUAUUUCCUCUCGUAACCGGUACCUUUGGUGGUGUCGACUUUUUACAUUCCGUUCUAGGUGAAGCCAACGAUCAUUUUACACAAUCCGAAGUUGACGAACUGGAUGUCGCCUUGAAGAAUUCCGAACAAGGUGCUAGUUCGUCGGGUGGUACUUCAAGAGGAUUUGGUGGUGGGUUCGGUGGUGGUACAGGUGAUUUCAUCUCCCUUGUAAGCCAACUUCCUGGAAUCGGAGGAGGAAUGGCUUCUGAAGCGCGCGAUUUAAAACGUAUGGCCGAAGAUCAAGAGAGAAGAAACGAACAAGAUUCGUACUACGGUACACGAGCAACAACCAAUUCCAACCCCAACAUCGUACCAGGUAUGAGCGAAAGUUUCGAUCCCGUCAAAGUAUCCAAACAAAUAUAUCCCAUAUUGGAAUUCCGAGACAAGAUUGUCAAAUCGAUCAAUAGAGGUAUAGCGAAGAUACCUGGUUUGGAAAAGCUCUUGGAGCAUAUUAGUGAGACCUUGACAGCUUUCGUCCUAGGUCUAUUAGCUCCAUUCAUUCGACCUAUCAUCAAUGCCAUAACCAAAGCAUUAAAGGAUGGUUCCUCCGAAGUUAUCAAUUCUAGUGCAAACUCGCAAUUAGAACCAUGGAAAAAUCCUAGAUGUACCGAUCCGACACAUUCUAUGCUUUCCAAGGAUCAUUUCACCAAUGUUCUAAACUCAUGCGCUGGAAGAAUUGCCUCUACAAUUCUUCAAUAUGUAGUACCACGAGUUCUCUACGCUUGGGAUAAUCCCGGUGUUCCUGUCGACGAAGUAGUUAAUGAUGUACUACGUGCCUUUCAUCAUCCCGCCCUUCGUGAUGACCAUGUCGAAAUUCAACGAGAAAUGUUUCAAACCGUACGAAAAUGGGCCGACGAAUAUCCUCGACGUCACGAAAUUAACCAUAUUCUUGGUUCCGAAUCUGUUCGAACGGGUAAAAAUCAUAUUCAAUCCGGACAGAAAGGUCAUUCACAUGGUGGUGGUAUUUUUGAUGGUGGUCUUGAAAAACUUGGUCAUGGAAAACCUAGUGGAUCACUUUGGUCUCAAUGUGCUACAAGAGAUCUAAAUGCUAUGGGAGCAGGUGAAAGUCUUCGCCCAGAAUCUGGUUAUGGAUCAAGCCGACCUACGUCUUCCCAUUCUCAAGGACGUCUAACAUCCAAUCCAGGUUAUACAAGUCCAGGUUAUGGAUAUACACCACAUCAACCUCCCCAACCUUUACAACAAGGGGAUGGAUUUUCACCUUAUCCUAGUUAUGGUGGUGCAUCUACUCAACAUCCAUCUUAUAAUCAGCCAGGUUUUCCUCAACAAGGAUAUGGGACUUCACAAGGAGAGGCAGCAUCUUAUUAUAAUGCAUCACGACCAUCUCAAGGGUAUCCUAAUCAAGGAUAUGGUGGGCCACCUCAGCAAGAAUAUCCACCUUAUGGGAAUCAAUGGGGAGGUGGAUAUCGUUAA